AUGGCUGGUCGGAAACGAACCAGGGUCAGCCGGUCCAGGGCCGCAAAGUCCGAUGUACUGGAUGUCUAUCAAGAAAUGCUGGCCGAGGCCACCACAGACACAGGCCUGUCCACGUCGGUAGAGCCACCAGCAAAAAGACUCAAGAGACCCGGAGAAAGGAAGAUGGAGGCCGGCAUCGCGACCACGAGUAUGGAAGCUGGAGGAGUUGAUGAAGAUGAAGCUCAAGGCAUCGAGUUCGAAGACGUAACUCUUCCUCAAGCGACGAUCCAGACUAUGUACAGAGAUUCAGAGGACGACGACGAUGAAGAAGAAGAAGACGAUGAUGACGAUGAAGAGCUUAAGUUUGAGAAUAUCGACUUCGCAACUAUGCAGCCUGAGUCAGACGCCCGCGAAGAACCUCAAACACUCACACUGAAUCUAUCAGAACAUGGCGGCACCAAGGCCGGUAUCCAAAAGAGAACCAUGAAACGAAAGCCCAUCACGAAAGAGGAGAAGGAGCGCCGCAUAUUUACUCACAGGACGCAUCUUUUGUGUCUCAUACUGCACUGCGCCCUGAGGAAUCGUUGGUGUAAUGAUGAGCAAGCUCAGAGGAGCCUUCGUCCUCUUCUAAGCAAGAAGACAAUCAAUUAUCUGACACCAGGUCCUAGUCUUCCCCAAUUUGGGCAAACGGAGUCACUGAAAAAUGGACUGCAGCAAGCGGGGAGUAUGUUCAAGUCUAAGUUCCAGAUUACUGAAAGAGGGCUGCGCCGGCCCCUAUGGGCCGAGGAUCCCAAACAUCUCGACAAUUAUGAACUCCCGGCCAACAUGGAUUCAUGCCUGAAUCGUUCGGAUUUCAGAGAUGCAGCGAGGAAGCUGUGCGGGUCUCGGGACGUGGGUGCUCAGCUGUACUGCGCUCUAUUGCGGUCCGUCGGAGUUCGUGCUCGUCUGGUUUGUUCAUUACAGCCAUUGUCGUUUGUUCAUGGCGGCCCGAACCUACCGAAACCCCGGUCAAUCGAGACACCAAUAAAGCCGACCAGGGAGGACAAGAUAAGGACUCAGCUAUCACGUUACAGAGCCGUUGCAGACGAGUCGCCGUCUUCCGCCUCGGGCCUAACCUCACCACUUCGGCGGCUAGGUCAUCCUAAUGCCGCAGCCUACCAGUUGCCACUGCUAUCUACUCCGCCGCCAGCAGCACAAAAGUCGAAAGAGACGCCCAAGAGGAUUCAUGAGUCGCCUUUCCCAGUCUACUGGGUCGAGGUGCUUGACGUUGGUCAUCAAAAAUGGCAGCCCGUAGACCCGCUGGUCACGAAUUCCAUCUGGAAACCUAAAGCAUUAGAACCACCAGCUACCGACAAGGAGAACUCACUGACUUACGUCAUCGCGUUCGAUAACGACGGCACGGUACGAGAUGUCACCAGACGGUAUGCCAAGGCUUACACAGCCAAAACGCGGCGACUUCGCAUUGAGACAGCCGUCGACAGAGGUGAUCGGUGGUGGCGAAAAGCGCUGGAGCCGUUUGCUCUGCCUUGGCCGACAGACCUUGAUCAGAUCGAAGAUAACGAGCUGAAUGCGACUGAAGGACGCGAGCCAAUGCCUCGCAACGUUGCAGACUUCAAAGACCACCCGGUGUUUGCACUGGAAAGGCACUUGAGGCGUAACGAGGUCCUCAUCCCAGGAUCACAGCCUGCAGGAACGGUUGCAGCCGGAAGUAGGGCUCCCCUUGAGAAAGUGUAUCGACGUAAGGACGUGCGCAUUGCCCGAAGCAGGGACAAGUGGUAUCGUAUGGGACGUGAAGUGAAGCCGAUGGAGGUGCCCGUCAAGUUCCUGCCACGACGGUCGAAUACAAAGCCAGGAGACUACGUCGAUGACGGCUAUGGAGGGGACGAACGCAACGCGGCUGGUACGCCUGUCUUCACUCAGGAACAGACAGAAGUGUACCACGCGCCACCAGUCGUUAACGGACGAGUGCCGAAGAACAAGUUUGGCAAUAUCGAUGUUUACGUCGCAAGCAUGGUGCCUGAGGGCGGUGUUCAUAUCCAUGACGAGUUCGACACUGCUGUGAGGGCCGCCUGCAUGUUAGGCAUCGAUUACGCGCCUGCUCUGUCAGGAUUCCAGUUCAAAGGCAAGCAAGGCACGGCGGUUUUCAACGGCGUAGUGGUGGCUCAAGAGUAUGAAUUGGCCGUACGUGCGGUCAUGGGCGGCUUCGAAGAUAUGGAUGCGCAAGCAGAGCUCAACAAGCGAUCAUUGGCGGCUUUGCACACGUGGAGGCGGUUCCUUGUGGCUCUCCGUAUCCGGGAGCGAGUAUGGGCAGGGGCGGAUGCCGAGGAGCGUGCCGAAGAAGAGAGAAGAUUGGUUGGAUCGGUUGAGGUUGAUACAACAGGUGGUGGCCUGGGAAAAUAUAGCGCGGAGAAGAGUGGCGGAUUCUUUACAGAGGAGUCGGUGGCGGGUGACGAUGCCAGAACCAUGACUGGAAGCAUCAUCCAUGGCGAAGUCGGAUCCAUCCUUGACGGUGAUAGCGAGACUAGCCAUGGAGGUCGAUGCGGGGACGAGGACGGAGACGGGACUGAAGAUGGAGCCGGUUUCGAACUGGAGCCGCACGAUAAUAUGCUCGAGGACGCGCCUAGCGAUGUUACCGAGGAGUACGAUAUGGUGGACGAUGAGGGCGGCGGAGGGUUUUUGGUGGACUAG